UUUGAGGGGGGUGGCAAUAAGGGACUGGCGUACGUGGGCUGCUUAAAGUAUUUAGAAGAGCUUCAAAUGUUGGGGGAAAUCAAACGAGUUGCAGGGAGCAGCGCAGGGGCGAUCACUGCUGCUCUGGUUGCCCUGGGUUACACAGCUGAUGACGUGGAAGGGUUUUUAUCCCUCGACAUUAAAAGCGUCUUUUUGGAUCACUCUUGCGGUUACCUGAGUCUUCUGCCAAAUCUGAUGCGGAAGUUCGGAUGGAAUCCUGGGAAAAAGAUUCUCACCUGGUUUGGCGAGAAGAUCAAAGCCAAGUCGGCCAAACAGGACCCGGACAUGACGUUUUAUGACCUGUACAGAGAAAAACAAAUGGAGCUGUGUGUGGUUGUCACCAACCUUAAUCACAUGCGGGUUGAGUACUGCCAUCCCAAGACCACACCGGACAUGCCGAUAAGAGAAGCUCUGCGCAUGUCCAUGGCUAUACCAGGCGUGUUCUCACCUCGUCGCUAUGACAACCACGGAGAGUUAGACACAUACGUUGAUGGCGGAGUGUUGUGUAACUACCCCAUCCAUUGUUUUGACGGUUGGUAUCUGUCCAUGGGCAAAGAGCACUCCUUCCUACAGAAGAUGAAGUCAUUGCAUGAUCUCCCCUUCAUCAUGUCCCAGAGAUUUAUGCCACGAAAUGACAAAACACUCGGAUUCUUAUUGUACGACGACACUGAGAAGGAAGUUAUGAGGUACAGUCUAGAGAGGCGGAAAGGUUCCCUUGUACCAUCGGAACCCUCGGCUAGAACAAAACUGUUUACUGAUAAGUGCAGAAAAAAGAAAAUCCAGCAGAAAGCGGAAAUGGAACAUCAGAAGCUCGUGAGAGCUGUUGAGGCUUUCAUGAAGGUCCUGGACAAACACAAUAUAGACGAGCAUGAGUUUAUCGACAAGACGGAAUUAGAGAACGCCUUAAAUGAUACAGAAGACUUCCCGCCAGAAUACAGUCAGCUGCUGUUUGGUGAUGACGUGGAUGUUGACGCGGCGUUUGACAUGAUCGACAAGGACAAGAAUGGCCGGAUAGCAUUUAUGGAACUUGUUCAUUUUAUUGAGGAGCAAGGCAUUCGUAUGCAGACUCGGUUCCAGGGGUUCGGCAGACGAGAGAUACGUUCGUUCUUCGGAUUUUUGUCGGCACUACAACACACGCUGCUCACCAAUUUGAAAUAUGUUUUUGUCAACGAAGAUGACGUGGAUAGGACGGUGGGUAUCAACACAGGUCACGUGGGGACAUCAGACUAUGAACUCGAGGAGGCCGACAGACAGUUUGUUGUUGCGAGAGGUUACAACGCCACCAAAGCUUUCUUCCAAUACAGUGUGGUAAUGAGAAAAAGUGAGGAAACUAACCCUACACCACCAGACACCAGUCAGGGUGUUGUGGGAAACUAGACAUACACCAUUUAGGGUGUUGUGGAAAACUAGCCCUACAUCACCAGACACCAUUCAGGGUGUUGUAGGAAACUAACACUACACCACCAGACACCGUUCGGGUGUUGUGGGAAACUAACUCCUACACCACCAGACACCUUUCAGAUCUGGGAACUAACCCCACAACACAAGACACCACUGAGGGUGUUGUGGGUAACUAACCCUACACCUCCAGUCAGGGUGAUAUAAGAACAACAUGGAGGAACGAUUCGCUACAGAGAUAGUGUUGUUUUGUUAAAGUGAUUAACUUAUGUCGUACGUGCCCG